GCUAUGGACACAUUUUAGUUGCUAACCACAAACGUGAGCAUGUGUUUAGAAUAGAGUACGCUGAUCGACGAAACACGGGCCCCAAGAUGGUGGAUGAAAGUGACGGAAAGAAAAUUGAGCUGAACUUGGCGGAGAAAUGUCCGAAAGAGUUACUGGAAAAGUUUGUACACAAAGUCCUAGAUAGUAUUUGUAGUGGCAAGGAGCCCCGCUACGCUAGCUACGGCAAAGUCUGGAAUAUAGAAGAAUGGAGUCAAGUGUUACCAUCAGUUGGAGCAACGCUCAAAGGCUUUGUCACCAGAGGACUCACAAAAAAGCAGAUAUCAGAUGAGCUUGAUGCAUGUGUUCUUAAGUCUGAAAGCAAACAAGUAAUACUUGACUGCUUGCUGCCACGCUAUGAUGAGGUCAGAGCUGCUCUGGUCGCUACAACGGCUGGUAUUACCAGUGCACAACUCAAAGACUUUGACUGGAAACUGAAGAUGGUUCUCGCUAGUGAUAAGCUAGCAAGCAUCAGAAAGCCUCUUGUGACAAUAGACUUUGAUAUCAGACGGUCAGACUCAGAUCAGCAUGUUAGUGUAGAGCUAAGUCAGGAGGAAUUACACUCUGUCAUCACUUCUUUAGAGGCUGCAAACAAGGUGAUUGUUCAGCUUAAAAGUUGAAAAUGGAAUUAUGAUUUGAUAAUGUUUAGCUAUAGGUAUAAAAACAAGUUUGACUCCUUAAAAAUAGACAGAGGUCAUAUUUCUUGUUCAAAUGGAACAUGAAAAUCAUAGAACCAAAUCAUGUGAUCUGCCUCCAUUUAUUGGUAUUAACAAAUUCCAACAGUAGCAUAUAUUAAAUAGUUCAACCAUACUGAUGAUAUUGUAUUCGCUAGUACAGCAAAUUUAUAUUUUAAAAUAAAUCGAGAACAUAAAUCGAA